CGAACACGCUCUCAGGGAUCUAAAGACUUGACACCUUUUAAUCCUGAACCCGAGCGCAUUUUAAGAAGAAGGCGAACAACAACUCUUGAAACAAUGGCUCAAGACGGAGAUGAGCAAACAGGCGUGAGAAGAACCAUGUACGACCAGAUUGCCCCGCAAUUCACUGAAGCUGAUGGAAUCACGAUGCCAGGAAUUCAAGCUGUAAACUAUCAGCUUCCUCCUGGUCUAAUCAAUUUGGCACAAAGCAAUCAGUUUGGAGGGGCAAAACAUGAAGAUGCCCGAAGUCAUAUGAUUUGGUUCAACCGUUUGUGCCGUACCUACCGAGCUAAUGGAGUCACAGAAGCUGCCAACAAGCUGAUGCUUUUCCCAUUCUCAUUAAGGGACAAGGCACUGCAUUGGCUAGAUAGUCAUACCUUUGCAAGUUGGGAUGAAUUGUACCAAGGAUUUAUGAACCAAUAUUGUCCAGCAUCUGCAGGGAUCAAGGCUAAAGCUGCUUUGCAGAAUUUCAGGCAAGCACCAACAGAAAGCUUGUGCGAGGCUUGGGAGCGAUACAAAGAGCUUAGAAGUAAAUGUCCAGAGUCAGUCAUGGAGAGCAUUGACACCAUUUUUCACUUCUAUCAUGGACUGACAAUUGAAAGCAAGAAAGAGCUCGACCAUUCCUCAAAGACAGGAUCUAUUCUCAGGCUGACUACACAAGAGAGCGAAGAGUUAGUAGAAACGAUAACUGCCAAUGAAAGGUAUUGGUACGAAGAAAGAACAGAGAGAGCGAUUCCAGUAAGGGCAGGCUUACAUGAAGUUGACCACCAUACGGCGCUAGCAGCAAAGCUUGAAGCUGCUAUAUCCAAGUUUACUAAGCUUCUUGAUAAGCAAGAAAAUACUCAGUCAGUGAAUCAAGUGGGCGUCCAACACGGGGCUGCCCAAGGGAAUCAGACACAUCCUCCAUCUCAAUGCAGGGAUAUUAUAGCCACAUGUGAUCUUUGCUGCGGGACACACUUGACUAAUUUGUGCCCAUACUAUGAAGAAACCGCUCCUUUAACUCAGCACAAGGAGGCGAACUUACUGGAGUAUGCGAGGAAGGGAGAAGGUCCCCUAGCUAACCAGUUUCAGAAUAAUAGAGGUAAUGCUUUUUCGUACAAUAAUCAAAGAGUUAACUAUCCAGGUGGAAAUAACCAGUGGCGAGACAACAACAGAUAUGGUGGAUAUCAGGGAAAUCAGGGGUAUCAAAGGGGGCAAUUUAACAACCCAAACAACCAGGUUUAUGUACCCCCACACCUGAGGCAGCAAGAAGGUCCCUCUCAUGCUCAACAUGACAUUGUGAUGUCUGAAAUAACAAAGCUCAAGGAGGAAAAGGCAGCUGAGACCCGACAGCUUGAUCAACGCUUGAAAUCAAUGGAGACAAAUGUCUCUGACUUGAAGGAAUUAGGGUCUAAAAUUGACCAAUUGGUGUCUGCUCUUAGCGGGAGACAGUUGGGUACCUUACCAAGCACUACUGAGCCUAACCCUCGUGAACAUGUUAAAGCAAUCACGUUGCGGAGUGGCAAUGAAGUCCAAGGUCCUUCAAGAGAAAGUGUAGGGAGUCCAGUAGCUGUCCCGAUCCAAACCAAAGAGGAAGAUCAUACUGUUGAGACUGAAUCUGAGGCUCAACAGGCUACCCGGAAGGUGAAAGGAAAAGUUGUCCAAAGGGAGGAGUUAAACCAAGAAGAGUCAAGACUGUCUUCAGCCCCCACUUUACCCUUUCCUACUCGGGUAAGAAAAGAAGUUGACCGUCGGAGAGAGUACUGGUUUAUGGAGAUGAUGCGCAAGCUACAUGUCGACAUGCCACUUACAGAAGUGCUGGCAGAAAUGCCAAAAUACGCUAAGUUCUUAAAGGAUUUGCUCACAAACAAGAAGAAACUUGAAGAAUACUCUGUGGUGGAUCUCAAUGCAGAAUGCUCGGCAGUAGUACUAAAGAAAAUACCUGAAAAGCUUAAAGAUCCAGGUUCUUUCACUAUUCCCUGCUCCAUUCAUGAUUAUAAUUUUAAAAAUGCUCUUGCUGAUUUAGGAGCCAGCAUCAACUUGAUGCCGGCUUCUUUUGUUAAGAAGUUGGGACUUGGGGAGAUGAAACCAACUAGGAUGUGUCUUCAACUAGCUGACCGUUCUGUUAAGUACCCAAUUGGUGUAGUUGAAGACGUCCUAGUUCGGGUUGGUGAGUUUUCAUUUCCUGUUGAUUUUGUGGUAAUGGAUAUGGAAGAGGACUGUGGUACUCCUCUUAUUUUGGGAAGGCCAUUCUUGGCCACCGCCCGAGCUCUUAUUGAUGUGUCUGAUGGGUCAUUGACUCUGAGAAUUGGGGAGGAUACUUGUACUUUCCGGCUCUCAGAAGUCAUGAACCACUCAGAAGUAUAUGAUGAAAGUUGUAAUUUUCUUGAUGUUUAUGACUGCAUUGAGGACUAUUUGUUUGGGGGGUCAGGUCGGAGUUAUAUUUCUGAUAAUUUUGAAUGUGCUGAAGUCUUGAGUGCUAGGGUGCAUGAUGAUGAUGAAUUUUUGAAACAUGAGCUUAAAUGUUCUGUCGACGACAUUCUGGAAGAAGCUUCACAAGAAGCAACAGGGAGUUCUGAUAUUGAUUCUCCUCCAGUGGAGCAACUCCCAGAACUCAAAAAGCUUCCAGAACACCUUGAGUAUGUUUCUCUGGAUGAUGAGGGCAAACGCCCUGUCAUCAUUUAUUCUAUGUUAGAGAAGGAGGAUAGAGAAAUGGUUUUGGCAGUCCUCCGGCGACGCGAGAAAGUCAUUGCUCGCUCACUCGGGGAUAUUAGGGGAAUUGCGCCUACUUUUUGCACUCAUAGGAUUACAAUUGAGGAAGGGUUCAAACCGACAGUUCAACCACAACGUCGGUUGAACCCUAAUCUGAUGGAAGUUGUUAAGACUGAGAUCAUACGACUGUUGGAUGCGGAUAUCAUAUACCCGAUAUCUGACAGUAGUUGGGUCAGUCCUAUUCAUAUGGUCCCCAAAAAAGGGGGAAUGACUGUGAUCGAAAGUGAUAGGGGGGAGCUUUUGCCUACUCGUACUGUGUCCGGAUGGCGUAUGGUUAUUGACUAUCGAAAAUUAAAUGAUGCCACCCGAAAGGAUCACUUCCCCUUACCAUUUAUCGAUCAACUAGUUGAGAGCUUGGCGGGGCAUGGGUACUAUUGCUUUCUGGAUGGUAUGAGUGGUUAUUUUCAAAUUCAUGUGGAUCCCAAAGACCAAGAGAAGACUACAUUCACUUGUCCUUUUGGAACAUUUGCCUUCCGUAGGAUGCCUUUUGGUCUUUGUAAUGCCCCUGCCACUUUUAUGAGAUGUAUGUUGGCUAUUUUUGACAAAUUCAUUGGUAACUUUAUGGAAAUCUUCAUGGAUGAUUUUUCUAUAUUUGGUGAUACUUUUGAUGCAUGUUUGACUAACCUGGAUAGGGUGUUAGCCAGAUGUGAAGAGACCAACCUGGCCUUGAGCUGGGGAAAAUGCCAUUUCAUGGUCCAGGAAGGUGUUGUUUUGGGGCACAAGGUUUCUAAAGAAGGUAUUGAAGUUGAUAGGGCCAAGGUUGAGGCUAUUGAGAAACUACCUUAUCCAACAACGGUAAAAGCCAUACGCAGCUUCCUUGGACACGCUGGCUUUUACCGUCGUUUUAUACAUGAUUUCUCUAAAAUAGCCCGACCCUUGACCACUCUUCUUGGGAAGGACGUUCCUUUUGUAUUCACUGAUGAAUGUAGAAAUGCUUUUGUCACUCUUAAGAAAAAGUUGACUGAGGCUCCGGUCUUAGUGGCACCUGACUGGACGUUGCCCUUUGAAAUUAUGUGCGACGCUAGCGACCAAGUUGUUGGGGCUAUCUUAGGUCAAACUAAGGAUAAGCACUUUCGCCCCAUCUACUACGCUAGCAAGACUUUGUCGGGGCCUCAGCUCAACUAUACUACCACUGAAAAGGAAUUUUUGGCUAUUGUGUUUGCUCUAGAGAAAUUUAGACCUUAUAUCAUUCUUUCGAAGGUAAUUGUCUUCUCUGACCAUUCGGCAUUGAGAUACUUACUUCAGAAGAAUGAUGCAAGGCCUAGGCUUCUCCGUUGGGUUCUUUUAUUGCAGGAAUUUGAUGUUGAGAUCAGGGAUCGGAAGGGGACUGCUAAUCAAGCUGCAGACCAUCUUUCUAGAUUGGAUGCUGAGGUGGUGGAUACUUUUAGGAAGUUUGAGAUUGCAGAAUCUUUCCCCGAUGAGAGGCUCAUGUCUGCCCAACAUAGUUCAGAGGCACCCUGGUAUGCGGAUCUUGCAAAUUUCAUUGUUGGUAAGAUUGAGCCUAUUGACAUGUCUCGCCAUCUGAUUAAGAGAUUGAGAUCUGAGGCAAAACACUACUUCUGGGAUGACCCAUUUCUGUUUAAAAUAUGUGCUGACCAAGUAGUAAGGAGGUGUGUGUCUAAUCAAGAAGGGAGAGAGAUCCUGGAACACUGUCAUGCAGGGCCCACGGGGGGCCACCUUUCGGGAGAGCGGACUGCUCGAAGAGUACUUGACUGUGGCUUUUAUUGGCCCACUAUCUUUAAGGAUGCCCAUGCUUAUGUUUCAUCUUGUGACCACUGUCAGCGAACGGGGAACAUAUCCAAGAGGGAUGAAAUGCCGCAACAUUACAUUUUGCCCUGUGAAUUAUUCGAUGUAUGGGGCAUUGAUUUCAUGGGACCCUUUCCGAGCUCACGAGGAAACAAGUUCAUUCUAGUUGCAGUCGACUAUGUGUCCAAGUGGGUGGAGGCCCAAGCAUGUUCGAAAAAUGACACUCGGGUGGUUGUAAGAUUCUUAAGGAAGCUGUUUGCACGAUUUGGCGUCCCAAGGGUUUUGAUUAGUGAUAGAGGUACCCAUUUCAGAAGUGACCCAUUGGCUCGUACUUUGCAGCGGUAUGGCAUUCAACACAGAUGUGGGGUGGCUUACCACCCCCAAUCUCAGGGACAGGUGGAAAACACAAACAGAGACAUCAAGUCUGUAUUGGAGAAAACAGUUUCCAGGUCAAGGAAGGAUUGGUCUGACAAACUUGAUGAUGCACUAUGGGCACUUCGUACAGCAUACAAGACACCUAUCGGUACAACGCCGUUUAGGCUGGUUUAUGGGAAAUCAUGCCACCUCCCAGUGGAGAUAGAGCAUAAGGCGCUCUGGGCUUUGAAGACUGUGGUAUUUGACCUUCAGGGCGCUGUAAAAGAGAGAUUUUAUCAACUUGAUGAGUUAGAAGAGUGGCGGGCCUCAGCUUUUCACAACAAUCACCUUUACAAGGAGCGAGUGAAGCACUACCAUGAUAAGCACAUUAAAAAGUCACGAGAGUUUGAAGUUGGUGAUCAAGUUCUGUUGUACAACUCCCGGCUGAAAUUAUUCCCUGGAAAGCUGCGAUCUAGAUGGACUGGUCCUUUCACAGUGACAGAAAUCUACCCAUACGGAACCAUUGGGUUGUACAGUUCGGAGAAGGGAAACUUCAAGGUAAAUGGGCAGCAAGUUAAACUAUAUCAUGGUGGCCUAGUGAAUAAAGAGAAGGAGGUUUUGCACCUCACUACACUUGAGGUAUGAUUAAUUUGUGGUGUCCGGCUGAAGACGUUAAACUUAGCGCUGUUUGGGAGGCAACCCAAGUGAUGUUGUGGGUAUACCAUCAGAAAACCCUCACGAGACCCUCACUCGUCCUCUUGGGUUCACUGAGGGGUUCAAAAGGGCUUGUUGCACGUGCUAAGUGCAAUCGUGAUCCCUACGAAAGUGGCUUCUUCUAUUUUUUUUUUUCAUCAUUAUUUUUCAAUACCGUUUUAGUGUUGCAUCCUUGCUCCCGUUCGAUGUUCAUCAUUCUAUUGCAGUCAUGGUUGUGGCAUUUUUUUUUUGUAGUCAUUUGUUUUAUCCACCCCUCCCUUGAGUUUUUGCUCUCUUUGCUUUUUCCCACUUAAACAAGGCAUUUUUUUCGUCAUCGAGGACGAUGUCGAGUUCAAGUGUGGAGGGGUUACAUAACUGCUCAUGAAAAGGGGAGGAUAAGGAUUUGUGCAUAUUUGCCAUGCUAAGGUCACUGUGUUAGUUUUCUUCACCCAUUAUUGAUUUUCCCAAAUUUUCAAAAGUUUUUGUUAUCUUUCCCUUUUUGCUCCUGUAAAAUUAUCGUCCCUUCACUUUUUUUAAUUAUAACAUUGUUAGCGAAUAGAAUAACUUACAAGCUUAAAUUGCUUAGCUUUUUCUGCAUAUACUUGAGGUGAUAGAGGCCUGUUUGCACCUACUUUCUUUCUCAUCCUCUAGUUUUUUCGGUGCAUUCAGUUUUGACUCAAUAAUUUCUGCAAGUUUAGUGUGAUUUUUGUAUUUAUUUUGUAUAUGUUGUUGCUAUUUGCCUGUUUGGGAAUUAAGAAGCUGAGAAAGAGUGCAGGUUUGUCUAUUUGGAAUGGUCUAUUUUUUUUUUUUUGUCAAAUGAUUUCAACUGAGAAGAACUUGGUGGCGUCUUUGCAAAUAAGCCUUACCAGCCGUGAAAAAAAAGAGAAAAAGAAAAGGACAACACAAAAGUGUCUGCUCCAAUUCAAAUUGAUUCAAUAAGUGCCAAUGCACAUGUGUGUGUGAGUUGCUGGCUUUGGUUGAUGCAAGGAUUGUCGGCAAAGCUUAUCUCCCAAAAAGCAUACCUUUUUUAAGGGUUUAGAUGAGGGGGGUAACCAAGUUUACUCAAAAAGGGUCAAGAGCUUAAUAAGAAGACUUUUCCAAAUGGGCAUAUCUGCAAUUCUCAGUCUGAUUGACCCAACAGGUAUUUUAGCUACAGUGUGUACAAAAUACUUACAAACAUUUCACUUUUCUUCUCUCUCACCCUCUAAAGUCCUCUUGAUCUUGUGUAUGAGUUUUAGCUUAAGCUGCUUGUAUGCUUCUAUCAUGACAUUGUUGGAUUAAAUUUGUUGACUGGUUUGGUGCAAUUAAAAGAAAAUCUAACAAAGAUGGUUGAGACUUGGGGAGGAUAACUGGUGGUUGUACAAAAUUUGCAUUAGUUACUCAAGCAUGUCAUGUUUGCACUGAUUAUUUUCUCUUCUCGCUGCUUGACGGUUUUGUGCUUGAGGGCAAGCACAACUUAAGUGUGGAGGGGUUUGAUAAGUGGCAACCAUGACUAGAUUUUGAGCAUGCUUUAGGCCCAAUUUUCCAUAUAAAUGUUUUUCUUUUGUCGCUAACUAGCGGGAAAUCCUUAGUUUUAUCAUUUUGGUGGUAUUCCGCGUGUUUCGUUGUUUUUGGAUGGAUUUGCAGACUUUGGAACCCGUUUGAAGUUAAAUUGGAGUAAAGCUUGAAUUUUGGGCAGAUUAGUUGGGCCUCACAGCCCAAGAAAAAGGAAAGUGGCGUGUGUUUCUCUCAACCAGCAAACUCAAAAGAAAAAAAACGGCAGCCAGACUGAUGAGGAUCAGCGGAGGAUUUUUAGGAAGAAAACGGUUCUUAAGCGAAGGAAUAGGCAGAAAAAAAAACGGCUGCGGAAGAGAUCAAAAUCAUCUCCCUGAUUAGCAUUUAAAGAGGAGGAGGAAGAAUCACUCGACAACCUUUUUUUUUCAGUCGCACCAUGCUUCAAGAAAAUAGGAGAUUAGCAGGCUGGGAUUUUUAAUUCUUUACACAUCUGCACCAGGGGAGAACAAGCCUCAAGUUGAAGAAAAGAAAACAAAAACUGCAGCCGCUAGUUUGGAGAAGAGCACCAGCCGUAUGUUCUGGAAAAAAAAAAUGCAGCAGCCAUAGGUUCUGUUUUUUUUUCUAGCAGCAGCAAGAUGCAUUCAAUUUUAAUUCUUAACCCUUUAAUCACUUAAGCACUACUAAUUGCUCUAGAAUUUCAUCUCAAUUGAUAUUGGUAUGUCAGUUUUUUUUGUGGAUUGGAAUGCAUUCAACCAAUUGUGUUAGUUUUUGUGUAUCAUGUUUGGCUAAUUCUGAAUGGAGUUUGGAUUCGUACAAG